UUUGCGGAAAGUAAAUUUUGACUGAUGGUUAUUUGACAUUAGAUACGAUUGUUAUUGGAUAUAUAUCAGUCAUGCACAGACGGGGACAUGGAAUUGGCGCAAUUAAGAAGAAAGAUUUGGCUCAGGCUCGUUACAAGGACAAGGGGUCAGAGAUAGCAGAGGACCAAGUGUCACAGAUGGCAAAACAAAUGGAGAAAUUUAAGGAACAUCUAGAAGAUUUUGCUGUCAAUCACAAAGAGGACAUAAAAAAAGAUCCAGAGUUCCGGGUCCAGUUCCAGAACAUGUGUGCGUCCAUAGGAGUGGACCCACUGGCAUCCAGCAAAGGAUUCUGGGCAGAGAUGUUGGGGGUCGGUGACUUUUACUACGAGAUUGGUGUUCAAAUCAUAGAAGUGUGUAUUGCUACUAGUCACAGGAAUGGAGCCACUAACCACAGGAAUGGAGGUAAGUCACUAUAG